AUGGAGCCCGAGGUCCCCUCUCGCAGCACGCGCAGCGCGCUGCGCGCCACCACUGCCGGCCUGCAACACGCCGCGAGGGAGCCAGAGCAUUCGGGUACCCGGCGCGGCAACGACUUUGGUCUCGGUACGUACCCUGAGGCUCCUGGAGAAGCCGACGACGACGACGAGCAGGGGGUCGAUGCCCAGCACAGAGGCGAUGUUGAGGACGACCCCGCCUCUGCCGCCCUCGUCUUUACCAAGAUGCUUCCAGGCGAGCAGGCUGCCUCGAAUGACUCCUUUCUGCGGAAAGAAGAACAAACUAUCCGUUACACAGAGAAGACAAAUGGGCGACUUGCCAGAGGACGUAGAUUAGACCCUGGUGCGGCGUACGACGUCUUUCGCAGCUGCUGCAGCCACCGCGUCGACACACGACCUGAGCCGCGCGCGGAGAAGGGUUUGGGCAAUGAAGGACAUCCACAAGAAUCAUCAAAUAAAAAAUGCUGCAAGUGUUAUAAAAGUGGCCCUACAGGAGCAAAGAAAAAGGACUGUAGCCUACUUAUUGCUUUAUUACAGCAAGUGCAAUUAAUCAUAUUUCUAUGCGUCCUCCAGAAAUCAUUGUUUCCUAUUCUUUGUUUGGGAAGUAGUGCACAGAAAGCUCCACAAGAGUUUAUAACUUACGUUGGCCCCCGCUUGCAGCAACUCUCGUACUAUGGCGAGCCCAAUGUCACCUGCCCCGCCGAUCACCAAAGCUACCUGCCCCUGGAAGUCCAUGGCCCACCGGUAGCUGGGGUUGGGGAGUCGCAAAGUCUGCGAAAUUCAGCGGGUUCGCACAUUGGAGUCAUUGUGAAACCUGGACACAUGGUGAUGACACGAACACCUGUUUUGAUAAUGGUAACAUUUAGAAUGUGUUUUGCGCAUUCUGAAGGUUUAAUAGCGCGUGCGGACGAAAGGCGGCGCGCCGGCUGCAGGGUACGCGAUGAACCGAAGGGAAGAGCUCCGACGGACAGAGUAUCGGCUGCGGCGGGAAUGGCUAUGAAUUUUCCUUCUGAGUUAAUACAAGAUAAUGGAUACAGUUUCGUAUAAUUCGAGAUUUUCCUGUUAGAUUUGACAAAUCUUAAGAGAUAUUAUUGUAUUAUAAAAGGAUAGUAGUACAUGUUAGAAUUAU